AUGCAGCCAAGAGAGAAACUAAGGACAGCAUUUGCGUCCUCUGGGUGUCCCCUUGCUGCGGGAGGGCCCCACAGCACAAGCCUGCAGCAGGUGGAGCGGCGAGGGAGCGACAGCAACUGCAGCAGCAGCAGCAGCAGCAGUAGCAGUUGCAGCAACAGCAACUGCAGCAACCGCAACAGCAACAACAGCAGGAGCAGCAACAGAAAAAACAGCAUCAGCAGCAGCCACAGACUUCUGAAACGGGGAGCAGCAAACGGAGCAGCAGCAGCACCAACAAAUGCAGCAGCAUUAGCAGCAGCAACGACACCAGCAGCAGCAGCAGCAGCAGGGAGGGAAGCAGCAGGAUGUCAGCGGAGUGAUGAGUUUGCGUCUUUUUUGAGUUCGGCAAAUGGAGCAGCAGCAGCAGCAGCAACCGCAGCAGCCGCGGCAGCAGCAACCGCAGCAGCAGCAUCAGCAGCAGCAGCCGCAGCAGCAGCAGCAACAGCAGCAACUGCUGCUGCAGCAAGCCAUUCAGGACAUACACCGCGCGGAAGGGCUCGCGCGACUUCGCUGGAGCGGUAUUACAACGACUGCCGCAAGGCAGUGCAGCAGUUCCUCGCUCCUCAAAUUGGGAUUUGCUGCGCGAGGAGAGAUGAGGAAAACCCUCAUCAGUGGAUACUGCAGCCCUAUACCUUUGACGCGCAUCCGCGGAGAGGGCGAAGCAUCUUUUCCGUAGACCUGAAGGCGCUGCGCUUUUUGCAGCGGAAUGGAUUUGAUUUUAACAACCUUGACUAUGAGCGGCUCUGCGAGGUGCAGCAGCAGCAGCAGCACCGCGAAACCCUUGAAGCAAUGCACGAGCAGAUAAAGCAGCAGCAGCAGCAGCGCCAGCAGCAGCAGGAGCAGCAGCAGCAGGAGCAGCAGCAGCAGGAGCAGCAGCAGCAGGAGCAGCAGCAGGAGCAGCAGCAGGACCUGAAGAGUCAUAGACGAAAAUCUAGGGCCCCUUGCGAUCAGGAGAAAGCUCCCAAUGAAGACGCUAGUACGAGCGGCGGCGGCAGCAGCAGCAGCAGCAGCAGCGGGAACAGCAGCAGCGACGACGAGGCACCCACGGAAGGAGGCUCAUCUCAGCAGAAAGCAGCAGCAGCAACAGCAGCAGCAGCAGCAGGUGGCGGAGCAUCUGCUGAGACUCCACAGCGAGUGAGUGCAGCACCCGCAGCAGCUCCGGUCUGGGCCAAGGCAUCCGCAGGCAGCAGCAGCAGCAGCAGCAGCAGCAGCAGCGCGGGUUUGUCGCAACUGUUUAGUGGUGGGGUGUACGACACAAAAUACAUCGCCACGCAUCUAACUCCCUGCAAUACCUUCGGCAGGACGGCCCUGCAUGCGUUAAGAAAUCACUUGCUCGCAAUCCCCGGGCUUAACUGCUGCUUUAUAAUGGAUGAGAAGCGCAAGGCUUCCUUUGACUUCUCUUUCAAGGAAUUGAACAUCGCGCACGAGCUGCCAGACGCGCGGAGCCACGAGGCGGGUUUCGACGCUCUGGCGACAGCGCAGGUCUUCGUCUGUUUGCUCGCUGCGGAGGCAAAGAGCAAGCAAGCAAAGAAGGUCUCCUUGUCUCUCCUCAGUGAGGGCAGAGACAUUAUUGGGGUCCCGGGUGUACACCCAGGGUACUUGAAGCUGCAGCAAUAUCUUGGCGAGGAGGAGACAGCGCAGCAGCACGCCUCCAGCAGCAGCAGCAGCAGCAGCAGCAGCAGUAGCAGUAGCAGCAGCAGCAGCAGCGACGACAGAGUUGAGGAGCCGCCGACAGCCAAACGCAGCAAAAAGCAAAGGGCUCGCAGCGCGUCUCCAGGGGGAGUUUCUGCCGCUGCAGUUGCUUCUGCUGCUGCAGUUGCUGCAGCAGCAGCAGCUGCUGCUGCUGCUGCUGCUGCUGCUGCCCAGGGAGGAGAGGCCGUGCCACGACGCGAAGCGCGCACCAACCGCAAACGCGGCUAA